AUGUUAAGAGGAAAUAAUAUUAAAAAAGUCAACUCUUUAUUAGUUAGAUCAUUUCAUUCAACAGUUGGAAAUAGAUCAGGUGGACCAUCAACACCAAUUAAUUAUCCAUCAUUAGAGAUUGAAAAUGCAGGUGAAAAACAAAAAAUGAAUCUUUUUCAAGCAAUUAACAAUGGUAUGGAUAUUGCAAUGCAAAAAGAUUCAAAAGCAGUUGUAUUUGGUGAAGAUGUAGGUUUUGGUGGUGUAUUUCGUUGUACAGUUGGUUUAAGAGAUAAAUAUGGUGCAUCAAGAGUUUUCAAUACACCAUUAUGUGAACAAGGUAUUGCUGGUUUCGCAAUUGGUUUAGCUGCUCAAGGUGCUACUCCAAUCGCUGAAAUUCAAUUUGCUGAUUAUAUUUUCCCAGCUUUUGAUCAAAUUGUAAAUGAAGCAGCAAAAUAUAGAUAUAGAUCAGGUGGUCAAUUUGAUUGUGGAUCAUUAACAAUUAGAUCACCAUAUGGUGCAGUUGGACAUGGUGGACAUUAUCAUUCACAAUCACCAGAAUCAUAUUUUGGACAUACACCAGGUUUAAAGGUUGUAAUUCCAUCAACACCAAUUGAAGCCAAAGGUUUAUUAUUAGCAUCAAUUCGUGAAAAAGAUCCAGUUAUAUUUUUUGAACCAAAAUUAAUGUAUAGAUCAGCUGUUGAAGAAGUACCAAUUGGUGAUUAUGAAAUUCCAUUAGGUAAAGCACGUAUUGUUAAAGAGGGUAAGGAUAUUACAAUCAUUGGUUGGGGUGCUCAAAUGAGAGUUUUACUUCAAGCUGUUAAUAUGGCCGAAGAGAAAUUAGGUAUCAGUUGUGAGUUGAUCGAUUUACGUACUAUUCAACCAUGGGAUGUUGAAACAGUAGUUGAAAGUGUAAAAAAAACUGGUAGAGUUGUCAUUAGUCAUGAAGCUCCAAAAACUGGUGGUUGGGCUGCUGAAAUCUCUGCUACCAUUCAAGAACGUUGUUUCCUUCAUUUAGAAGCUCCAAUUCAAAGAGUUUGUGGUUAUGAUACACCUUUCCCAUUAAUCUUUGAAAAAUUCUAUGUACCUGAUCACUUAAAGAAUUUCGAAUCAAUUAAAAAAACUAUGGUUUAUUAA